AUGGCUUCCAAGUUGUUAAUGGUUGUUGUUUCUAUUCUGGAUCUCAUUGCUUUUGGCUUAGCUGUUGCUGCUGAACAAAGGAGAAGCACUGCUAAAAUACAACAAGAUUCAGAAGAUGAGUACAACUAUUGUGUGUAUGAUUCAGACAUUUCAACCGGUUAUGGUCUUGGUGCGUUUUUUCUUCUGUUUGCAAGCCAAAUUCUUAUAAUGGUGGCUAGCCGAUGCUUCUGCUGCGGGAAAGCCUUGAACCCUACCGGUUCACGGGCUUGUGCUGUUAUCCUCUUCAUCUUUUGCUGGAUAACAUUUUUUAUUGCCGAGGCGUGUUUGCUUGCGGGUUCAGUGAGGAACGGGUACCACACAAAGUACAGGACCAUAUUCAAUGAAGAACCUCCGUCUUGUGAGACGGUGAGAAAGGGAGUGUUUGCAGCAGGGGCGGCUUUCGUGUUCUUCACGGGGAUUGUGUCACAGUUUUACUAUGCAUCCUACUCCAAGGCCCGGGGUGCCUUCCAACCUUAUGGUGGUGAAGCUAAUGUGGGCAUGGGAGCCUAUAAAUGAGAAAUAUUAUAUUGGUUGUGGUCUCUCUAAAUUGACAUAAGUAUUUUUUGGGUUAUUUUUUAGGUGUUACGUUUGUUUAUGAGGUUGUUGUGUAUGUGAAGUGCAUGUUACAAUUUUUUUCCACGAAGAAUUAUAUUUGUAGUGUUUUGUAUAAAUAAUUGAUUUCUUUUUUUGUUUUUAGGGUCA